AUGGUAGCAAAAGGGUUGAAAAGAAAAGGCCCUGCAUCAGCGAAGAAAUCGACGCUGAAGUUCACUGUGGACUGUCAGCAGCCUGCGGAAGACACCAUCAUCGAGCCUAAGGACUUUGAAAAGUUUCUGGCCAACAAGAUCAAGGUAGAUGGAAAGACUGGCAAUCUGGGAGACAAGGUCAGCAUUCACAGAGAGAAGGCGAAAGUGCACGUCACUGCGGAGGCCAUGUCAUUUUUGCAAAGCUCCUUUCUCCAAGCGAUACCUGCCACUUUGCCAGCAACUUUGGGAGUGGCCUCCGAUGUCAUCAGACCGGGUACCACCUCAGUUCCGCUCGAAUUUUGGCCAGUCGCAGCAGCUGCGGGACUUCCUCCGAAUCGUGGCUCCGUCGAAGACGUCCUACGAGAUGCGUCUGCGGCUGAGGGAGCAGCCUUCUGGCAGUUUGAUGAAGCUGGUUGUACUCGGCUGUGCGAGACAUGGUCUGCAGGCUACUUCAACAUCAACGAUGAUAAGGGCGAGGAGGAGAAGCACCGCGACUACUCCGGGCCGGACAAGAGCAUCCCAUGCCUCCGCCAACGGCCGCCCGGCAUCCACAACCACAGCAUUUUGCGGGAUGCAGGUGUCGCCGCCCAGCGAUCCUGUGCCCUCGCCGCGAACGUAACUUGCCAGCACGGUCCGAUUGUGGGAGAUGUCAGAACGCUCACAGGUGCCGGAAAGUUGCCGGACAUUUCACCUGGAGCGAAGGUUCAUCAUGACUCGCGGGAAGCCACGGAUACUUACGACAUUCCAGCGCAUGCAAUGGGAAUUGGGACGACCGGGCCGUUCGGCUUCAAAGACCUUUACGGUGAGCCGCUGGGCCGACUCUUCAUGUUUCGAGUUUUGAAUGCCGGUACCUGGCUGCCAGCGAAGCUCCGGGAUUUCCACGAGAGGCAAAGCGAAGCGGAGCUUUGGUGGAGGCUUUGCAGCUCCGGCAGCAGGUGCGGAACAUCGACCUCAUCCUCCUCAUCCGCCAAGCUGGCAAGCAGACUGCGAUCCUCGUUCCAGCUCUUUUUUAUGGACCAGGAGCCGCAGGUCGUCGACACGGAUGCCGACCACGAUUUGGACGAUGACGACCCGGUGGCAGAGGAGGAGAUGGCUGAGAAGGAGGAGGUCCUCAAUGACACACUCGGCAAGGCAAAGCAGGCUCAAGUGUUCCAAGUCGGCCUUCUGGCUUUCUUUGCGUUCAUGGGCUCGGGUGCAUCCUUCCCGUCACAGGUCCAAGAGUCGACGGUCGCCGAUCUCCGCACAGUGGUUGCCAACUUCAGCCCUGAAGAACUCGAGAAAGUGAAGGUUGCACUUGAGAAGGUGGGUGCUCCUCAGAACAAGGCGAGGCGCAGGGUGAAAUGUGGAGGCAAAACCUUUGCACCGUUUGGGAUGCGCACGGACAUUACGGUGGAUCCCCUGGUGACAGAAGAUUUCAAGCCUUACAAGGCGAACGAUGAGUUACCAGAAAAGGUUGACCUCCGGAAGUACAUGAGUUCGGUCGAAGACCAAGCGGAUUGUAACAGUUGCUGUGCCAAUGCCGUGGCCGGGGCUUAUGAGUACCUCAAUCAGAAACAUGCGCAGCAAACCGGGGACGUUCCUGGUGACGUAUCCCGAUUGUUCAUCUACUACGUGGGCCGCAAGAAGGACAUGGAGCAUGAUUUUGAUGUUACCCGCGGGAAGAAGUCAGAGGCGGCUGCCCCGAAAGAUGAGGGCAUGUCGGUGUCAGGCGCCAUCUCUGCAAUGCAGGCAAAGGGGGCCUGUCUGGCCGAGUCCUGGCCGUAUGAUGUCGAAAAGGUCAACGAAAAGCCACCCGAGGAAUGCUUCAAAGAGGCGCAGCGUUACAAGGUUUCGGAUGCCCACAGAGUACCAGUGGACUUGGACAUGAUGCGCCAGUGUUUGGCUGAGGGGCAUCCCAUUGUGUUCGGCCUGCAGCUUACGGAUCGCUUCUUCAGUCCCUCCCGCAGUGGCUUCAUCCCAACUCCUAACAGAGAUGAUCCGCUGUCUGCACGGCAUGGCCUGCAUGCAAUGCUCGCCGUCGGCUACAACGACCGUAAGCAGGUAUUCAUUGUCCGGAACAGCUGGGGGGCACAUUGGGGGGAUGGUGGCUACUGCUACCUGCCGUACGAUUAUGUGGCCAGCGACCGGUUCAACGUGUGCCAGCAGUUUGCCAUCAGGGGGCUCACAAACGUAGACUUCACUCCAGACGCUGAUGACGGCGAAGAUCCCACCUUGGAGGACGACGGUGCGGAUAUAGUGCUCGAAGAAGAAGACCUUGACGAGGAGGAGGACAGAGAGGAUGGAUUCUCUUUCACGGAGGAGUUCAAGGGCGACCGACUCGUAAAGGACUUCUUCUUGGGAAAUGACGGUGUUCUCAGCAGGUGGCAAUUCGCCUUGUGCCUGAGCCAGUUCGGCAGGCGUGAGGGCGGCAAGAACUUCGAUGCCCUCGCAUUUGACAACUGGAUGUUUGAUGAUAACAGCGAGAUCGGUGACACGACCAUCGGGAAGAAGACCUACUGGACACCAAAGGAUUUCGAUGAAGUGCUCAAGAAGUUCUGGAAAGAGGACUUCGCAGCAAGGUUUCCAGGCCUGGCAUUUCUGCAAGAUGAGCCUGGAUUUAUGCCUGGCUACAUGUAG